GCUCAAGAAAAAACUAAAAGCACAUUAUUCAUUCUCAAUCUUCCAUUUCUCAGUCAGGACUCAGGAUCAGUAUUCCCAGGGAAGAUUUAGUAAGAUCGGGCAAAAAAAUGUCUUCGAUAUUUGGAAGAGUAAUAAGUUCAGCAUCAGCAUUAGCAUGUAGAAACAAUCCAAACGAAUUAGAUGAUGAACUCUUCGAAGAAGAACCAGGUGAAGAAAUUGAAUCUGCACCUCCUCUUAAAAUUGGGCAAGAAAGAGUUAUCAAUAAAAAAACUCAGCUCAAGAAGAAGCUUCUCAAAUUAGGUCUUGGCUGGGAAAGUCCUGAAUUCGGCGAUGAAGUUACUCUUCAUUAUGUGGGUACUUUACUCGAUGUAACUAAGUUUGAUUCGAGUAGAGAUGAAGGAGGAGAGCCUUUGUCCUUUAAGCUUGGUCAUGAUAAAUAUUUGGAUGGGUUAAAUGAUGGGAUAAUUACGAUGAAGAAGGGUGAAGUUUCGUUGUUUACAUUGCCAUUUGAUUCCUGUAAUGGUAAUACCAUAAAUGGGAAGGAAAUUCCUCCAAACUGUGACAUUCAGUAUGAGGUAGAGCUGGUGUCUUGGAUUACGGUGGUGGAUAUUUGUAAAGAUGGUGGGAUAAUUAAGAGAAUUUUGGAGAAAUCUGAAAGAAAUGAGCAGCCGGGUGAUCUUGAUGAUGUUCUGGUGAAGUACCGUGUUAUGUUGGAUGAUGGUUCAGUUGUUGCGGAAACACCAGAAGAAGGAGUGGAGUUUCAGAUAAAUGAUGGUCAUUUCUGUCCGGCAUUUCCGAAAGCAAUAAAGACAAUGAAAAGGGGAGAGCGUGUAAACUUAUUAGUUCAAGCUCAGUAUGCCUUCGGAGAGAAAGGUCGUGAUGCUAACCAUGGAUUCCCUGCCAUUCCAUCAAAUUCCACUUUGACUGUUGAUCUCAAGUUGAUAUCUAUUAAACAUGUGAUUGAUCUUACCGGUGAUUCCAAGGUAGUAAAAAAGAUACUGAAGGAAGGAGAAGGCAGCCAUACUGCAGAUGAAGGAACUCCUGUUACGGUUAGGUAUACUGCCAAACUGGAAGAUAAUACUGUUUUCGAGAAAAAAGGUUUAGAUGGAGACUUGCCGUUGGAAUUUGUCACUGACGAAGACCAAGUGAUUGCUGGGUUAGACCUAGCAGCAGCGACAAUGAAAAAGGGCGAACUGUCGAUUGUGACAGUUAAACCCGACUAUGGGUUUGGGAGCACUGAAGUUAAAAAGGAUCUUGCCAUUGUUCAUCCAUGUUCAACUGUCAUAUAUGAAGUAGAAAUGGUUGAUUUUACCAAGGCAAAAGCACCUCGGGAGAUGAAUAAUCGCGAGAAAAUAGAGACAGCUGAGAAGAAGAAAGAAGAAGGCAACACAUUAUUUAAGAGCGGCAAGUAUCAAAAAGCUUCAAGAAGAUAUGACAAGGCUGUGGACUACAUUACGGUAGAUGGAACCUUUUGGGAUGAUGAGCAACAGCAUGUGGAUUCUUUAAGAGUGUUGUGCUGGCUAAAUCAUGCUGCAUGCUGCCUCAAACUCAAUAACUAUCCAGAAGCAAUUGAGUUAUGUUCAAAGGUGCUAGAUGUUGAAUACCACAAUGUGAAGGCUUUGUAUAGACGAGCACAAGCUUAUAUGAAAACUGCAGACUUUGACCUGUCCGAGUUAGACAUAAACAAAGCACUUGAAGUUGAUCCCGACAACAGAGAGGUCAAAAUAUUACAUAAGACAUUGAAGCAACUUCGAUCCGAGAGUAACAAAGGAGAUGCAAAGCUCUAUACAAACAUGCUUACACGGAUGAGAGAGGACUCGACUGUAGUAUCCAAGUAGCCUCCGUUCUUUGGAAUUUUUCAUGAAAUUACGCACACAAGUGUUUGGUGGAUGACUUGUUGACAUUUCGUGUUGAUCUUCAAAUAUUUUCCCUGAUCAGAGACAGAAGGUUGAAAAAGCAGAGGUUGAAGAAAUGAGUGAGGUUGCACAGAAGGAAAUAGAACAGGCUGCAGGGAGUUUAGGAGGUGCAGACGUUGAACAAACCAUGGACGUCUCAGCUCCCCCACAAUGCAUAUCUUAAUACCAUUUUAGAUUGUGGUUCAUCCUGUACUUAAAUUUUUGUAUGGCAAUCAGUACUGAUCACUAAAAUCAGAUCCACAUGAAUGGGUCAUAUCUGUCGGUUUACUUGUACACAAAAGAGUUUACAGUUGCCAAUAUUUAUAUGACCAAAUCAAAAUACGAGGUAUAGCUUGAUAGAACA